AUGGUCAUUUUCUGGCUGUCUACUUUGAUGAUAUUCUUAUCUACAGCAAUAACCUUGAUGAUCAUAAGAUGUGCUGAUGGACUUAGAGUGGACGAGGAAAAGAUCAAAGCCAUCCGAGAGUGGCCAAGUCCAACGACCGUGUGCGAAGUAAGGAGUUUCCAUGGCCUAGCCGGCUUCUACAGACGGUUCGUUUCGAACUUCAGUACCAUAGCCGCUCCGCUUACCGAAGUGAUCAAGAAGAACGUUGGGUUCAAGUGGGAACAAACCCAAGAAGAGGCUUUCCAGAUUCUAAUAGGGAAGUUAACUCAAGCUCCUUUGCUUACUCUCCCUGAUUUAUCUAAGACUUUUGAGAUUGAAUGUGAUGCCUUGGGUGUUGGUAUUGGUGCUGUUCUGAUGCAGGAUAGGAAACCCAUUGCUUUAUCAGGAAGCUCAUGGAGGAGGUCUUAUGGGAGACUUUGGGAUCAAGAAAACGCACAGAUUGUGUAUGAGCACUUUUAUUGGCCGAGUUUGAUGAAGGAUGUAGAACGGAUUUGUGGCCGAUGUGUGGUUUUCAAGAAAGCCAAGUCUAAAGCCAAAAACCAAGGUUUGUACUCCGCUCUUUCCAUUCCUUCUCAUCCUUGGGUUGAUAUAUCUAUGGAUUUUGUGCUUGGAUUUCCUAGGUCAAAAUCUGGUCGAGAUUCUAUCUUUGUGGUGGUCGAUAGAUCCUCUAAAAUGGCACAUUUCAUACCUUGUCAUAAAACUGAUGAUGAUGUGCAAGUUGCUGAUCUAUUCUUUAGGGAAAUUGUUAGAUUGUACGGAAUGCCUAAGACCAUUGUUUCUGAUCGUGAUGCUAAGUUCCUUCAAAUUGAUGGUCAAAGCUAG